AUGUAUGCUAGGCUCUUCCGGAAGACACGCGCCCACCCGCAUGUAUUCGCCCUUUCGACAUCCUUUCUGGUCUCGCGGGUUUAUUUAUGCCCCUGUUUGUUCACACGCUUGAUGUUUAAGCCAAACUCUCUCGGCAACAAAACGAGGCAUUCAUCGUUUGAUGUAAACUAUCCUUUCCUUUUACUCUCUGCAGAGUACCGUUUUUGCAAUGACCAAGGUCAAUGCGCAAGGAAGGAUAAGUUGCAUUGCAAUGUGUGGCAGCUUUACAGCUUUAAGGGCGGGAAACACAUCGCUCGCAAGCGCGUUGCAUCUGAGCUACUAUUAUCCUUACAAUCAGCACCAGUAACGGCAUCAGCGAGUUGCCAGGCAUCCACAUCGGGCUCGGGCUAUGAACGCGAUGUCUAUUGCUCUUUGCGGGCGUUGGACCAUCGACAUUUUCAUCGGCGAUUGUUCAGCUCACUUGCUGGCACAAGAGCCGCCAGGCUCCGUGAAGUAACAGAAGCCCUUAUGUUGCCGCCUACAAGCUUGCAUUUUGACCGGGGCGAUGUGCCCGUACCGGAGGACCUGAAUAACCCUCUUGGCCGUGCGAUGUUGAGACUUAUGGGUUUCGAAAGCAAGGCUUCAAAAAUUCUGCAUGCGGCCCAACGGUUGUACGAGGCCAUCGCAGAGAAUGCGGACACGGGCGUCAUGCAACGAGCUUUCCAGACUGGCACCACGUUUUGGGCGACCUACGUGCUCCUGUCCCUCCACGUGUGGAUGAUCAUCCACCGGCUCCGCAACUGCGGCGGCCCCGAUGUGCGGGUGUUCCGGCAGCGGUUGUACAACCAAUUUCAGGCGAACGUGGAGAACCGGGUUUACUCCGCCGGGGUUCAGGUCGGCGUCACGAAGUGGCUUAAAAAGUUAGAGGCGCACUUUUACGAGACGGGCUUUGAGCUGGACGAGGCGCUCAAGGGCGCCCCCACGGACCCGCUGCUGCUGGCGGACAUCUUCCUGCGCCGGUUCUACGGCGGGGAUGAGAAACACAGAGCCGACGCGGAGCUCGUGUCCCGGUACACUAUGCGCGAGCUCCAGUGCCUGGCCCUUACCGACGAUGCUGUCGUACUGGGGGGUCAUGUACGCUUCAGCGGCUCUCAUCUGCUUGGUCCCGCGGUGCAGCGAGCAGGGGUGGCGUCGCCGGCGGAGGAUGCGGCGAGAGACGAGCAGCUGCAACAGCAGCAACAGGACUCGAGCAGGGCGGGCGAGUCGGCGGCGGGGCCAGGGUCGUCAAAUGGGACGGCCGCAGCGGGGGGGACGUUGUAGACGUGGAUAUAGCUGCGUGCGCGCAUAUGUGUGUGUGUGUGGUGUAUGUGUCUCUCGAGGUUGGGGGCUGUGCCACGGCAGGAUGUAUGUGCGAUAUGUACGAGUCUCAGGAAGAUCCUAUUGCACCGAUAAUUGGUAGUUUGAGCUCGACUGGAUGUUUACUUUUGUUUCGCAGAUUUUUAUGCGCUCGGGUAGUGGCUGAUGUAUUCAAGGUGUUUAAUUUAUUACUGAAAUGUUGAAGAUCGUGUUUGGUAGGUAUUAGGGGUGUGGCAUUAUAACGUAAAAUGCACGUUUGUCCAUUAUGUAGUGUAAUGCUGUAUCCGUGC